ACGGAUGUGACGUAAAUUACCUCAGCCAACCAAAUUCGUCUGGCCCAGGAUGCAUUGCAAUACAAAGUUAACGCGCUAACAACCCUUCAAACUUCACCGUUAUCAAAUAAAACAUCAAGAAUGACCUCUAGCAACAACUCUUCACUUCUUAAAGAUGUUGUUGCCUAUGUUGAUGUGUGGUCAUCUGAUAAAAGGGCGAACUAUUCAAAAUCCUUUAUUCAACAGCUGGAAAAAAUGGGAGCUCAGGCAUCAAACAGAUUCAAUAAACAAGUCACGCAUGUAAUAUUCAAUAAUGGUCAUCCAGCAACAUGGAGGAAAGCUAAGAAAACAGAUGUACGGCUUGUGUCUGCCUUGUGGGUAGGAAGGUGCUAUGAUGACGGUGAACGUGCGGACGAGGAUUUAUUUCCAGCUGUGAAUGAUGAAAGCAAUCCAGUGAUGAAAAACAGGAAACAUCGCUGCAUGUUGCCUAAAGAUUCUCCAGAAAAGACGACGAACAGCAACUGGCGGCUGAAGAAAAAACUUGACAAGAUGUUGAAAGAUUUGCCUUCUAUAGAACCUGACGUUACAGAUAAGUCGCCAGUUAUUAUAGAUCAUGAGAAUGGAAUCAUCUACAGCCCUGCUUUGAAAAGGUCCAACUACAUGGCACAGCGCUUGAGAGACAUGAAAGACAAGCAUGAAAACAUUUCACCUACAUCCUCACAAAUGGCAGCAAGCUGUUCACCCACUGAGCAGACGCCUUCUCUUGGGAGCUCACCCACUGUCUUCAAGUUUCAACUCAAUGACCAAUCAGAUGAUCCUGAUGCCUCUCCCGCAGAACUUGGUUGCUCACCUGAUAAAGAAGAAGACCCUGAUCAUCUUGAACAUGAAUCUUCAAAACCCUGGCUGUCACCUUGUCGCGAUUUACCUGAACGGUUUUCAAGUUUUCAGGACUGUCCAGAGUUUGAAAACCAAGGUGACAAAGAAGAAAAACUAUCAAAGUCAAGAAGAACUUCCAUCAGGAUAAAAGCUCAACACUCUCCUAAGUUUGAAAACCAAGAGAACAAAAAAGAAAAAAAUAAUUUAAAGUCAAGGACUUCAGUCAGAAAACAAGCAAAAUUCAAACCUGGAGACUCUUUAAGUAGCCCUAUCCUGGAUAAAGCUGAUGGGAGGAGGGUUUCUACAAAAGCAAAAAGUCAGUCACUGAUAAAAUCAGCUAAAAAAUUACCUUAUAAAUGUGAAAAUAAGCAGAUAAUGACUGCAGAAAAGUCAUGUACCGAUACGAAAGGUCCUGUAUCACCCGGUGCUGCGUGUCCAUCAUCAGCAGCCACGUUAGUUGAUGCAACCACUGAAAUCUCAAAACAAAGUUUUCUUUUAAAGAACACUUUGUUGAGAACACCCAAAACUCGCAGAAUGUCACUUUCUGCCUUGGUGCGGUCCGGCUCUCUGUGCCGUGAGCAGAAAUCGGUUGCCAUGGGCUCCACUGGUGACGAUGCUGCCGAUGUGUUUGAAGAUUAUUUCUGUCCAGCCAAUAACAAGAGGCUUCUUCUACCUAAUCUACCUGAGAGCAGCAUUCAGAUACCCUUUGAGUUGGACUCUGCCACAAAGAAAAGAAAAGAAAAGCGACGUGAAAGCUGCAGUUCCAGCACUAAAAAACUGAAAUUAGAAAUAAGUAGUCCAAGCAUUAAUCAUCCGUCUCAGACGAGCAGAAAGAAUCUUUCACAACACGAUGUUCCAGAUUCUCUUCCAGCACUCGAUAGUCAAAGUGUGAACGAAAGGCAAAGACAAAGCACCAGUAAACGUGAUGCAGGAAAACACAGACCAUCAUCAUCAUCAUCAUCAGGACAACCACCAUCACAAACGGAGGAUAUCUCAGAACUGGAGCCGCAGAAAAAUUCUGAUUUUCCCAUUUUUUCUCAUACUGCAGGAAGUGGAGGAAAUGAAUGUUUGGUUGCAGCUGGUUUCACAGAGAUCCCCUCCGAAUUUGGAGAGAAUCAUAAUAAGCAAGUCAGCUUGAGGCGUCAGAAGAUGGUUACCAAAACAAAGGCUAUGAGGACACUGGUUAUGACGAGCAUGCCCUCAGAGAAGCAGAACACUGUGGUUCAGGUGGUGAAAGCACUGGGUGGUUUUUCAAUUGUCGACCGAGUGUGUGAGAGCACAACUCACGUGGUGUCUGGGGGACACAGGCGGACGCUCAACAUCCUGUUGGGCAUAGCGCGUGGCUGCUGGAUCCUCUCUUUUGAAUGGAUCCUCUGGUGUUUGGAGCAAAGCCACUGGAUUCCAGAGGAGCCGUAUGAACUUUCAGAACAAUUCCCUGCUGCACAGAUCUGUCGUCUCCAGAGACACCUGUCUGCAGGGGAGCACCAGCAGGACCUGUUCCAAAACCUGCCAGCCAUGUUUGUAUCGCAGCACUCGCAGCCACCCAGUCAGACCCUGGUGGAGCUGAUCGAGCUGUGUGGAGGACAAACCUGCAAAACUGUUCGGCGGGCAGGCAUCUGCAUUGGAAGGCACAGCGGCCGGAGACCAGAGGGAUGCAGGAUGCUGUCGGAGCAAUGGAUUCUGGAUUGCAUCACACAUCUAAAGAUACAGUCCUAUGAUACCUACUACAUGGCAUAGCGCCUGGUUACAACCUUAUUGUUUUGCCAGUGAAGUUCAGUAUUAAUGGUUCUGUAAUCACAACUUAUGUUUUUGUAUUGAUUUAUGAAAUGUCCAGAGGGUUUGUUUUAUGUUUUUAACUCGGUGUGACAUGCUUUAUGUCUUACUCUUUAUGCGUGUUUACAUAAAGUAUCAACCACUGCUGUGAUUGUUUUAAAUUUUUUAUGUGAUCUUAGUAUUAUUUGCUGAGCCAGUAAUCUGUAUCUAAGUAAAAAUUUUAUAUGAUGUGAUUUAAAUAAAUACUAAUUCAAGAGAAAUUGUCUGUCUUAUCUUUC